CCGGCGGUUGAGGGCAGGUAUUGAGUGCGCUGAGUGACAAGCCCUCGCCCAAAGAGCUCAGGGACUCUCCGACAGCAGCAGCGGACUCCUAACGUGCUUCUCAAGGGCGAGAGAGAGAGCAUCCGUUCUUCUGUGUGUGUGUGCGUGUGUUUGUGCGUGUGUGUGUCGCCAAUCCAAACCUGAUUUCCGCCUCACGUCUCCCCUUUCAGCGAGUGGGUUGAUUUACGCGAACCCAGUGGCACACGCUUCUCGUGAGAUAUUGAGGUCUCACAUUUUGUUUACGUUGUCUCGGACAUAGAGAAAAGUACAACAUAUCUCUCACACGUGGAAGGUGUGGAUGAAAGUUGUCCGUUUCAGUGGCGCACGGACUUCGGCACGCGAGAGGACUCCGCGUCAUGGAAUUCCCGGGAAGGUUGUAGCCUUCUAUAUCGGACAUCUAUUUGACCACGAGCCUUCCUAAGAAUAAUCACCUGUUAGAACCCCAUCCCUUCGGACUUCUGUCUGCAUCACCUCUAGUGAUGACCAUGUUUCAGCACAGCAAUAAGAAGUGUUUCACCAUAGAGUCUCUGGUGGGGAAGGAUACGAGCAACAACAGCGCUUCUCCGGCCGGGGAACAUGAACCCAUCCGGCCGACGGCGCUACGCUUCACAGAGUCCAUCCACUCCGCUCCCUUCGGGACCUGCUUCCAGAACUCCGGGAGGAGCAUCUACCCCAGUCCCGACAUGAUGUUCCAGGAUCCGGGGACGCACACGCAGAACUCAGGCCUGCCGCUGCACCCGCUGCAGAUGCCCUCACAGACCUUCUUCAGUCCGCAUCAGAGAGACGCGCUGAACUUCUACCCUUGGGUCCUGAGGAACAAGUUCCUGGGCCACAGAUUCCCAGGAAGUCAACCGACCGACCAAUCUCUAGCGCUCCCUACGGACCCCCGGGCAGAAGCGUGGUUCGGAGCUGAGGAACCGGCCUGCCACACCACUCCCACGUCAGUCCCCUUCACAUCGCCACCCUCUCCCGGUUGUCCCGGUAACCAGGCCCGGUCCCAGGCCCAGCACCAGCCAACCGCAUCAUCUGGGAGGGCUCGGGGCCCCGCCCACCCGCGUCUGCUCAGCAAGACCACCGAUCAACAAGAUGUGAAGCUGAAACCCAAAUGCCACUUCUGGGACUAG